GAAAAAAGUGUAUGUCUAUAGUAAAUAAACUGCAGGUUUAUUCCACUGACUGGGAAACGGGAUUUGGCUCAUUAGCAUUUAAAUGACAUCACCAGCUAAUGAGAGCAAGUUAAUUUCCAUCAGUUUAUAUGUAAAUAUCCAGAAUCAACAACCAUUCCUGUCGCCAACCGUUUUAGAAGGAUAGGCAUCAGUAUAGUAGACCACACAGCUGUUGCCCAUUUUAAUGUCAUGAUCAGGCUUGUUCCAUAAUUAGACUCUCUUCACAUUAAAUGUUACUGAAGAACAUUUAAUUAGUUCAACUAAUCAAGAAUCCCAAAGGACAAACCUCUUGAUGUCCAGUGUAAAAUCUGUGUCCUGAAGUAACACUAGUUGCGAUCAACUGCUAUAAAUAACUAAAGGUUUGUGAGUACAGUCGGCCUGUGCUUUGUCUUAUCAGGCUGAGUGAACCGCUGAUCUUGCAGCUCUUAUCAGUUGCACAAUGCAAAUGAGGCGAGUCCUCAGGGUGCAGUUUUUGCCUGUUCACCUCAGGAAGGUGAGGAGGAGGGGAGGAAACAAGGCAGGGUGUGACCGCAAAGUAUUUCAAACAGAGAGUGUUCCCAUGGGCCUCCAGCGCAGCCGUGCUGUCAUGUUACACACUUUCCCACCGUCAGCACCAUUCACCUGCUCAACCGCUGACAGGAAGCAGAGAUCACGUCAUGAUUGGGACGUUUAGUGAGUGGCUGUGGUGGGACCGGCUGUGGCUGCCGGGGAACCUCACGUGGGAUGAUCUCAAAGACGAGGAAGGGCUCAUCUACGCUAGAGCACCCCACCUCUACAUCACUGUGCCAUUCGCUUUGGUCUUCCUUGUAGUCAGAUACAUGUUUGAAAGGUUGAUAGCGACACCACUCGCAGCUUUGCUUGGCGUUACAGAGAAAACCAGAUACAAAGUGGAGCACAAUUAUGUUCUUGAACGUUAUUUCAUUACAAAAUCAAAACAUCCAGGACAGGCAGAUAUUGAUGGCCUGUGCAAAAAAUGCAGCUGGUCCAGUAGACAAGUGGAGCGCUGGUUCAGAAGAAGACGAAACCAGGACCGACCUGGGGUUCUGAAAAAAUUCAGAGAGGCCAGCUGGCGAAUGCUGUUUUAUCUGGCAGCGUUCAUUGGUGGAAUCAUAGCCCUGUAUGAUAAACCCUGGUUUUAUAAUUUGCGGGAGGUGUGGAAUGGCUAUCCCAGACAGUCCAUGCUGGAGUCUCAGUAUUGGUAUUAUAUUUUGGAGAUGGGCUUCUAUUUGUCGCUAGUGCUCAGAAUAACCUUCGACGUCAAACGAAAGGACUUUAAAGAGCAGAUCAUCCAUCAUUGGGCCACACUGACACUGUUGGCUUUCUCCUGGUGUGGGAACUACAUCCGGGUUGGGACCCUAGUCAUGCUCAUUCACGAUUCCUCCGACAUUCUUUUAGAGUCUGCUAAGAUCUUCAACUACGCCAAAUGGGAAAGCACAUGCAACGGCCUCUUUGUGGUAUUUGCUGCUGUCUUCAUAGUCACACGACUCAUAAUCUUUCCAUUUUGGAUCAUUCACUGCACAUGGGUUUAUCCUCCCGACUAUUACCCGCCAUUCUUUGGAUAUUACUUUUUUAACUUCAUGCUUGUCAUCCUGUUGAUGCUGCACAUAUUCUGGGCAUAUCUUAUUCUACGCAUGGUGAAGAUGUUUCUUUUUGGAAGUUUAACUAAAGAUGAGAGAAGCGACAAUGAGGAAGAGGAUGGUGAAACCAGUGUAACUGAGGACAAUGACGGACAUGGGAAAGUGACCAAUGGCUGUAGAGGAGGAGGUGGGGCUAAUCAUCACUGACACCUCUUCUCUCAAACUGUAAAGGACUUUGAAUCGCCCUCAGGGAUGUGAGAAGCCAAAAACAUAUAUUUGAUUUAUUGUCACGCAGAGAAUGUGCCAGAAACCUGUCAAAACAAAUUGCAUCUUUUAAUAAUGCUGAAAAAAACCCUCGUUUUAUUUCCCCACUCGGCUUCACUGGAGACGACUUGCUGUGUGUCUUGGCUGCUUCAAAACCUUUUCCCCCCUUUCAACUAAAACUGUUUUUCAUUAUGGCACAAGAUCACAUGGGUAAUUAUGAAGGAACACUCCUCGUAAGUUUUAAUAGACUCCUCAUUGUUUUUGAAGCUCAAAGAUCACGUCACACUGGCUGCUCUCGCUGUCUGGCAUCACCCAUCGUGCUGUUGAGAUUUACAUCAACCUCUGCUGUCCAGCUUAGCCUCUAGUGAGAACUAAUAAGAUGAGAUUUCAAGUUUGUUUCAUGCAAGAGAUUUUGAAGCAGAACAUCAACUUUUAUAUCACUUUAACCUCUCGCAGGCAUCGUUUUCUUUUCUUUUUACGCCGUCUCUACACUGAACUUUGUUUCUUGAAAGAGUUUUUUUUUUGUCAGUGCAUUUUCAGAAAAUUUUUGAUGGCUGGAAGUCACUGAGUCUCUGUACUGCUGGUUUCUAGUAUGCAUUUCUAUGCUUACUUGGCAUCUGCACUCAAAGAAUGUUAUUUCAAAUUACCAGCUGUCAUUGAAAAUGAAAGACUUCCGGUCUAUAGUCAGUGUUAAUGUAUCACAUCCAUCCAUCUUGGCCUCAAUACAAAUCGGAUUCAAGAAUUUUUUUUUUUUUUUUUGAAAUGCAUUCUAAAUUCAGCUGAUGUUCAGAAUAGUGCACAACCCUUUUUCAGCUGUUGCUCUAUUAAGACAGAAGUUGAAGUAGAAUGGUUUUGAUACAUCGCUCGCAUCCAGUGUAGACACGGUUUUAUAGGAUAUUACAGUAUGGAUGUGACUUAAAACUACCUAAGUAUAUCUCAAGAAUGGUGUUAAAUAAGAGAUUUUUUUUGAAUAUGUCUUUAAUAUGUUUCAGGCUAUUUAAUUAGUAUGAAAUGAAAUGUGUAUGAGAGAAUGAUGAAUGAAUGAAAGCCAGGCCUUUGCAAAUACAUUUUUUAUGACAAGUAAUUUUUUUCUUGUCUGGGGUUAUGCACAGACCCAGAGAUCAUCAGAGAUACUUUUGAGAAUGUUGUAUGCACUGAAAGUGUAAAGGAAUUAAGGAUUUUUUUUUAAUGUUUCAUUCUAAUUUUAUUGUAAUAAAGAUUUAGAUCCAAUA